AUGGGCGGAUUCUUAGGAUUCUGUUAUCGUCAAUUGACGUUCAAGCCCAAAAGCCUGCCUACAACCAUUUCGCUGGAGGGAAAAACAGCGCUUAUCACGGGUGCAAACAGUGGUCUUGGCCUUGAAGCUGCGCGUGAGCUAGUUGCACACAAGUUGUCGCGCCUUAUUAUCGCUGUGCGAGAUGUUUCCAAAGGCGAGGCUGCGAAGAAAUCUAUCCUGGAAUCGACAAAAUCUACUUGCGAGAUCGAAGUCUGGCCUCUGGAUUACGACUUCUAUGAUAGUAUCAUCGAAUUCCAAAAACGAAUCGAAGGCCUAGAUAGGCUUGACUACGCCCUUCUAAACGCUGGUGUCAAAAUGAUGCACUACAGUACAAGCCCACUUGGCCACGAAACGAAUGUCCAGAUCAAUCAUCUGGGUACGUCGGCCGUUUCCCUGGUAGUGCUUCCUACCCUCAAAAGGACGGCUCAAAAGCUUAAUUCUCCCGUCCGGCUGACCAUCGUUUCCUCUGAAGGCCAUUUCUGGAUCCCUUUCAAAGAGCGGACGGCAGACAACAUUUUGAAGCGAAUGAAUGACCAGGAGACCUUUGGAACGCAAAUGCAGAGAUACUACACCACUAAGCUAUUGAACGUCCUUUGGACGCGAGAGCUGUCAAGCAAAGUUCCAGCAGGGACCAUUAUAAUCAACACGGUCAAUCCAGGUUUCUGUUACUCUGGUCUUCAUCGGCAUGAGAGUUCGGGCAUAAUCAAGAUAUUCCUGUGGAUGUUUGGUUGGUCUAGCGCUGAAGGUGGCUAUUGCCUCACGAACGCGCUCAUUCAGCAGGAGAAUUCGCAUGGGAAGUAUCUCAGCGAACAACGACAGACACCACCUUCGCCAUUUGUGUUGUCGUCGGAGGGGCAAGAUGUACAGCAGAAGGUAUGGCGCGAAACGAUAGCUCUUCUAAAGGAGGAAGCACCGGGCCUCGAUAGCUCUGCCGUAUCGCCCAACAUUGCAUGA